UAUUCGUCACCACUUACCAGACAAGACAGCGAUAGCUUCCCUUUCUCUCUCUUCUUCAUUCCUUCUCAGCUUGUAGCAAAAUCUAAAAUUUCUCCCUCUCUAUUCCCCUGUGCCUAAUUGUACCUCUAUCUUUAUUCAAUUUAGAUUAGGAUUUCUUCUCCAAUUUCUCCUCAACUCAAACGCAUGACCCUUUGAUCAUAAACAGACAUCCAUUUCACUCUUAGAAUUCGUCUAGCUGGGGAUUUUUAAGAUUUCCGGUCACUAUCAUCCACAAAAUGGCUACCGAAUUGCAGAUGAGCCCCCAGUUGGAGCAGAUCCAUGGAGAAAUUAAGGACAAUUUUCGAGCUCUCUCAAAUGGGUUCCAGAGGCUGGAUAACAUCAAAGAUUCCAACAGACAAAGUAAACAGCUGGAGGAACUUACUGGGAAGAUGAGGGAGUGUAAAAGAUUGAUUAAAGAAUUUGAUCGUGAAAUUAAAGAUGAGGAGAACAAAAAUCCUCCUGAACUGAAUAAGCAAUUCAAUGAUGAGAAGCAAUCCAUGAUAAAAGAGCUAAAUUCCUAUGUGGCACUGAGGAAAACUUUUUUGAAUAGCCUUGGUAACAAAAGAGUUGAACUUUUUGACAUGGGAGCUGGGGGCAGUGAACCUAUAGCUGAAGAAAAUGUUCAAAUGGCAUCAGCAAUGUCAAAUCAAGAACUCAUUGGUGCGGGUGUGAAGACAAUGGAUGAAACUGAUCAAGUCAUUGAACGCUCUAAAAAGGUUGUUGAACAAACAAUUGAAGUGGGAACUCAAACUGCUGUUACCUUAAAGGGCCAAACUGAACAAAUGGGUCGAAUCAUGAAUGAACUGGAUACAAUUCAGUUCUCAAUUAAGAAGGCUUCGCAGCUGGUGAAGGAGAUUGGGAGGCAGGUGGCGACAGAUAAAUGUAUAAUGCUAUUUCUUUUUCUCAUUGUCUGCGGUGUGAUAGCCAUCAUUGUUGUGAAGAUUGUCAACCCCAACAACAAAGAUAUCAGGGACAUUCCUGGAUUGGCACCUCCAGCCCCCUCAAGGAGGCUGUUGUACCUAAGGGAUCCAGAACAUUUUGCUUAGAUUCAUCAUCACAGACAAGUACUUUUUCCCACUCAAUUUUUAUGAUCCGUUGGAGUAGUGGGAUUAAAGCUAUUUGCGGACUCGUACCAUUGUUUUUCCCUUCUCCCCAAUUCAUUUCUCAUCUGAGUUGUGCAUAUCACAUUUGUGAUUAUAUGUGUAAAUCAUAUUUGAGGGCUUUUUGCAUUGUUUUGAAUGUUAUGCUAUGGUUUUUUGUUCAAACCUUUUGUGAGACUAGCUGACUUGCUGUGCUAGGAAGAAAAAGUUACAGAAGUAAUAAUUUCUCGGCUGUGAAAAUGUGUAACCAAAACGUUCUUGAACUAUUCGGUGAUGUACAUUUUUUUAGUAUAUGCAUUCACAGGACUUUUUUCUCUCUA